CCCCAUGACUAGAAGGUAGCCGUGUAUCGAUCGCCGCUACCGAUUGUUUUGUUUGUAAACGGCAAAAUACUAAUAAAAGCACCUAUACGUAUCCUUUAAAUGUGCAUUAUAUAAUAUCCUUUUACCUUCUAUCCUACAAGCAUGUCGCAAAAUUCAGAGAAACCGCCUUCGAGUCAAGAUGUAGUAGAUCCAACAGGACCUGCUGCUAGAAAAGGUGUCCUUAUAUCGUUCAGGACUGGAAAAACCAUGGAGAUACCUGAAAAAGAUAUACUCGGCCGAUGUAGAUUUGUUGGUGAAUUUGAAAAAAUAAAUAGAAUUGGUGAAGGCACUUAUGGAAUUGUGUAUAGAGCAAAGGAUAAGUUGAAUGGAAACAUAGUAGCUUUGAAAAAGGUACGAAUGGAUGUUGAAAAGGAUGGUCUACCAUUGAGUGGCCUUCGUGAGAUCCAGGUGUUGAUGGCAUGUCGUCAUGAGAAUAUUGUGCAGCUCAAAGAAGUCUUAGUUGGGAGGUCAUUGGAGAGCAUAUUCCUUUCAAUGGAGUAUUGUGAACAAGACCUGGCGUCAUUACUAGACAAUAUGACAUCACCAUUCACUGAGUCCCAAGUCAAAUGCUUGAUGCUGCAAGUGCUGAAAGGCCUCAAAUAUCUCCACUCAAACUUCAUUGUGCACAGAGAUCUGAAAGUCUCCAACUUGCUUCUGACUGAUAAAGGAUGUGUUAAAAUAGCGGACUUCGGUCUGGCCCGUUGGCUCGGCGCUCCUGCCCGCAGUGCGACCCCUCGCGUCGUCACUCUGUGGUACAGAGCGCCGGAACUACUCUUGCAGUCGCCUCGACAGACUCCGGCGCUAGACAUGUGGGCAGCUGGCUGUAUCCUUGGCGAAUUGCUUGCAAAUAAACCUUUACUCCCAGGGAGGACUGAAAUUGAGCAGUUAGAGCUGAUCGUCGAUUUGCUUGGUACACCUUCGGACGCGAUCUGGCCGGAGUUCAGUUCAUUGCCUGCGCUUCAGAACUUCACACUGAAGCAGCAGCCGUACAAUAAUCUGAAGCAACGUUUUCCUUGGUUGUCGGCCGCGGGUCUCCGCUUGCUGAACUUUUUGUUCAUGUACGACCCCAACAAGCGGGCCACGGCUGAGGAGUGUCUGCAGAGCUCCUACUUUAAGGAGCAGCCGCUACCUUGUGACCCUAAGCUGAUGCCCAGUUUCCCUCAACAUAGAAAUAUGAAAGGUCAACAGAAGACCACAACGAACCAGUUGAAUAUUCCUUUGUCCAACUUGAAUACUGGCGCUAACGACCAGACCAACAACCUGCCGGCUAUUUCUGACCUUCUCGGCUCUCUAGUCAAGAAGCGUAGGCUCGAUUGACCCGCGGAGGAUAAGGAGGAAGACAAAGGAGAAAAACAAGAAGAAAAAAGUCAAGUGAAGGAAGAAAGGGUAGAAAAGGAGGAGGAUUUGGUUGAAGAAAAAUAAGUCUUAUUAUUAUAGCUAUAAGAUUGAUUACUAAUAAACUGCACUUACUACAAAA